AUGCAUAAAAAUGUUCUUCAUAUGUUAAGUAGAUAUGACGCUGAUGAAGAUAAAUAUAGUUCAAUGCGGACUACAAAAGGAUAAACGGCAGAUCAAAUUAUGACAAAUUCAGAUGUGAAAUUUACAUUUAAAAGUAAAUUUUAUUUCAUGAUAUUUAGAUACUGUAAGAAAACUUGUAACUUUAAAGCAUGAUAUUAAUGAAUAGAGUUAUGUAAAUUAAUUUACACCUCUCAUUUUGCCACCAAAGGUAAUCAUUUUCUUAUUGUUAAAUAUCUUCUAUCUUAAAAGGCUGAUACAGGACUAAAAGACAGAUGUAAAUAAAUAAUAUAUUUAGAUGGCAAUACCGCUUUGGAUUAUACAGUAAGGCAGCAGAAUCAAAAAUUGA